AUGUUUUCUUUAGCGAUAAUCUUCGCCUAUCUUUCGGGACUGUUUGUCUGUGCUCAUGCCUCCAGUGCUGUUUGCUCCCAGCCUCCAUAUGCACUAUUCCUUCCUCUAUCAAACUUCGCCCCGGCAGAAACGUUCUGCUCAUCUAAAUUUCCACUUCACUGUACAGUGACUUCUACUACCACAUCAACAUCGACCUCCGUCAACACCGUCGACACUACUUACUCAACUGCUAUUGUUACCACGGGGACUACCACCAUUUCAACCACUGUCGACACAAGUACCAUAUAUGUAUACAUUAGCACGGCGACUGAGACCUCGACGACCGACACCACUACAUUGACCGUGACCACAGGAACAUCCACUACUGUCUCUACUGCAACUGCAACCUCUACUGUCACCAUAACGACAGCGAGCCCCACGCCAGCCAGGCUGAAACGCUCAGUGCCUUCGGUUCCGGACUUCCUUGCUCAUCCUACCGAGAGGAUUCCUGAACCACCAGUCUUUGCGCAACCGACCCCGGCGUUCACCACCUUGGUCACGGCCUACAAUGAUGCUGGAGCAGCUGCGGGCAGCAGCCUGACAAAGAUUCUCUGCAGCCUCCAGGCCGAAGCCGCCUCGGUCUUCAGCACAGUAUGCUCCUGUAUUGAAGCCUCUCCAACAUGUCAAACAAACACAGUUAGCACCACAGUCACCGAGACCUCUACCGUCACCAGCUCCAUUGUCGCGACGUCCUUGGUACAGGCAACCUCGAUUACAUCAGUGACUGCUACAGACACCAUUAGCACAGAUACUACAACCACUACUUCUGUCGAGGCAACAACCACUGCCUCUGUCGAAGCCACCACCACGAGCACGACGACUACGACAACAACCACGACGACUACUGUGUAUACUGCUGCUCCUACAUGCGCGGGUGUUCCUCAAGGAACAUAUACAGACUCUAAUGGGCACUCGUACCAGGUCACUUGCAGCUGCUUCUUGGUCGACGCGAUUAGUCUCGGCGCUUAUCCUGCAAGCACUUUCGAUGGAUGCAUGGUGCAGUGCGACCAACUCAACAACUGCGUCGCUGCACAAUGGAAUGAGGCUGCAGGCGUAUGCGGCUUGUUAGCGAAGUUUGGAUCCAAUGCUGUGAUCUGCGACCCUUCGCCAGGCCUGGAUGGUGCGAUGAAGCUGAGUUAA